GGCUAAUCCGCGCAAAAAUGAAUCGCUCAAUACAGUGGUUGCACGGUGGCAAUGGACGCUUGCAUAACUGCAUGGCGAUCCAGUUUUGCUCACGAUCUUAUGCGAUCAUGUCGAGAGCGAAACGUCAGGCCGGUAUACCGCUUGAAAAACCGCACGAUCGAUCAACACCUGCAUUGCGACGAACCACUCGAGAUGCAGAUAACAAUAAACAGCCCCGGUCGGGCUGGCGUACGACUGGUCCUGCUCGCGAACAAAUCGAGAACAAUCGACCGAGUCAUCGAUCUCGACCUGUCGAUCAUGGCUCAAUGCAUAAAGCACCAGCGGUGGCCACUGCUGUCAACGGCAAUAACGUUGUUAAACCAGCCUCGGCAAACGAGCAGUCUGACAGUCAGGAGACCAAGGCUACCAGCGAGGUGGAUGAGUCUAAAAGUGUCCAACGGGGCAUCGUAAAAGAUUCGGAUAGUCUGUUGAGUAUAUUGAAGCCGUUGAAAAUGGUGAAACCUGCAGGAAUGAAACAGCGAUUAGUCAAGGUUGCCAAAGACGUCCAACAGCCUGAAAAUCCACACCUUCUCAAGGUGGCGGUCAUUGGUGCGGCGAAUGCCGGAAAAUCUACACUGGUCAAUCAUCUCGUUGGCGAAGAUGUCUCGGUGGUCUCUUCAAAGGCACACACCACGCGCGAGCGCAUUCUGGCCGUUUUGUCAGAGAAUAACUAUCAAGUGAUCUUCCUUGACACUCCUGGUAUCAUUCACAAUAACAACCAUGCAAGAAUGAACCGAACAUUGGCCACAUCCUGGUCACGCUCUUUGGACGAAGCCGAUUUUGCUAUCAUUCUGGUGGAUGGUCAUUGGGCUUUGGACGAACGAUCUCGACCCGUUGAAGACUAUCUUUUAUCGCAACUGAAAGAUUUACGUAUUCCUAGCGUCCUGGUAUUCAACAAGAUGGAUUUGUUGGAUUACAAGCACUCUGCUUUGAAAGAAGUCACUCAUCGUUAUCGAGCAUCCUACCCUUUCAUUAAACACGCCUUGUACAUUUCUGCCACUACCGAUCACAACAUGGACAAGUUAAAGGCGAAAUUAUUCUCGUUUGCUCAGCCAAAGCCAUGGGAAUUUGCGCUGGAUCAGAAAAGCGACAUGUCCGAUCUCAUGCGCGUCGAGGAAUUGAUCCGUGUCGAAUUUUACAAACGUUUACAUCAUUAUAUACCUUAUAUGCUCCAACAGGAAAAUGUGGGUUGGACCAAAUUACGAAAUGGUACAUUGCGUAUUGAACAGCAUGUAUACGUCGAGCGUGACAGCCAGCAGAAAAUCGUUGUCGGUCACAAGGGCGCAGUGAUCAAUGAAGUAGUUGCGCAGGCCCGUGAACAGAUCAGUAAAGCGCUGAAAAAACAUGUUCAACUAUUCAUUCAAGUAAAGACCAAGAAGCGCUAAAUUUUCGUCUUCCUUGGCCCAUUUCUGUAACUUAAUUCAUUCCACUGCAUAAGAACCAUUGAAUAAACGAUAAACAAGAAAAUGUGAAAUAAUAAUAAUAAAAAAACAAGAUAAA